AAGCCGGGACGCGGCGAGCGCAGCUUGUGUGAGCUGGGAGAGGGGGGGCCCGCGCCAGUUCUUCCUUUUCACGCCAAAUCCCAGACGAUGGUGAAUUAUGAACGUGCCACAUCAUGAAGCUCUUGUGGCAGGUAACUGUGCACCACACCUGGAAAGCUGCCCUUUUUGUCUACCUCACGGUACACGCGUGGAUCCUGUGCGCAGCGGCCGCCUCGCCCGGACCCCAAAGCUGCCCCUCGGUCUGCUCGUGCAGUAACCAGUUCAGCAAAGUGGUCUGCACGCGCCGUGGCCUGUCCGAGGUCCCCCAGGGGAUCCCCUCCAACACCCGGUACCUCAACCUCAUGGAGAACAACAUCCAGCUGAUCCAGGCGGACACCUUCCGCCAUCUGCACCACCUGGAAGUCCUGCAGCUGGGCAGGAACUCCAUCCGCCAGAUCGAGGUAGGGGCUUUCAACGGGCUGGCCAGCCUCAACACCCUGGAGCUGUUCGACAACUGGCUCACGGUCAUCCCCAGCGGGGCCUUCGAGUACCUGUCCAAGCUGCGGGAGCUGUGGCUGAGGAACAACCCCAUCGAGAGCAUCCCCUCGUACGCCUUCAACCGGGUGCCCUCCCUCAUGCGCCUGGACCUGGGCGAGCUCAAGAAACUGGAGUACAUUUCCGAGGGGGCUUUCGAGGGAUUAUACAACCUGAAAUACCUUAAUCUGGGGAUGUGUAACAUUAAAGACAUGCCAAACCUCACGCCCUUGGUGGGGCUGGAGGAACUAGAGAUGUCGGGGAAUAAUUUCCCCGAGAUCAAACCGGGCUCUUUCCAUGGGUUAAAGUCGCUCAAAAAACUCUGGAUUAUGAACUCGCAGAUCAGCCUGAUCGAGCGCAACGCCUUCGACGACCUCACCGCGCUGGUGGAGCUCAACCUGGCCCACAACAACCUCUCCUCCCUGCCCCACGACCUCUUUGCCCCGCUGCGGUACCUGGUGGAGCUGCACUUGCACCACAACCCUUGGGAUUGCGACUGCGACAUCCUCUGGCUGUCGUGGUGGCUGCGGGAGUAUAUCCCCACCAACUCCACCUGCUGCGGGCGCUGCCAUGCCCCCCUGCACAUGCGAGGGAAGUUCCUGGUGGAGGUGGACCAGACCUCCUUCCAGUGCUCGGCGCCCUUUAUCAUGGACGCCCCGAUGGACCUCAACAUCUCCGAGGGGCGGGUGGCCGAGCUCAAGUGCCGAACUCCUUCCAUGUCCUCCGUUAGGUGGUUGCUGCCUAACGGGACGGUCCUGAGCCACGCGUCCAGCCACCCGCGGAUCUCCGUCCUCAACGACGGCACCUUGAACUUCUCCCACGUGUUGCUGACGGACACCGGGGUUUACACGUGCAUGGUGACGAACGUGGCGGGGAACUCCAACGCCUCGGCCUACCUCAACGUGAGCACGGCCGAGCUCAACACCUCCAACUACAGCUUCUUCACCACCGUCACGGUGGAGACCACGGAGAUCUCCCCGGAGGACAUCUCCCCCAAGUUCACCAAGCCCGUGCCCACGACGUCGACGGGGUACCAGCCGGCGUACACCACCACCACCACCGUGCUGAUCCAGACCACGCGGACGCCCAAGCAGGUGGCGGUGCCCACCGCGGACUCCAACGACAAGAUGCAGACCAGCCUCGACGAGGUGAUGAAGACCACCAAGAUCAUCAUCGGCUGCUUCGUGGCGGUGACGCUGCUGGCCGCAGCCAUGCUGAUCGUCUUCUACAAGCUCCGCAAGCGGCACCAGCAGCGCAGCACCGUGACGGCCGCCCGGACGGUCGAAAUCAUCCAGGUGGACGAGGACAUCCCCGCCGCCGCGGCCGCCGCCAGCGCGGCUCCGACCAGCGUAUCAGGUGAGGGGGCAGUUGUGCUGCCCACAAUUCAUGACCAUAUUAACUACAACACCUACAAACCGGCACACGGGGCCCACUGGACAGAGAACAACCUGGGGAACUCGCUGCACCCCCCCGUAACCACCCUCUCUGAACCCUAUAUAAUUCAGACCCACACCAAGGAGAAAGUACAGGAAACUCAAAUAUGACUUUUUUUCAGAAAUUAUAAAUGCAAUAGAAUGCACAAAAACCAGAACAAAAAAAAAAAAAAAAAAAAAGAAAAAACAGACAGCAACUUUUGUACAGAGCGGGGGAGAGACCUUUUUCUUGUAUAUGCUUAUAUAUUAAAUCUAUGGGCUGAUAAGAGAAGCAGAUUAUAUUAAAAUUUAAAAAAAAAAAGAACUAUUUUCUAACUUGUAAGUUCUAUUUAAAAAGGGGGAAAGAAAACUAAGAUCUUUAAAAGAGGCGAGCAGACCCCACCAGAAGGAGCGAGCGAGCGAGGAGACGGAGCGAUGCCACAGUGGCUUCCCGGAACGAGGCUGGGAGGGCAGAGGAAGGAGCGGAGCGGGGGGGAGACAGGGCCCCUUCCCGGCGCCGCUCCGCGGGGCGCAGGCAGAGCAGCCCGCUGCACAGAGCUGGCCUUUCUCCGAGCCAGGGCCGCGCUUACCAGCCGAGCUGACUCGAAAACAGAGCAAAAAGCAGGGCGAGAAGGCGGUCCAAGAAUUUGUACUGUGCCAAAAUGUU